AUGGUUAAAUCAUUGCGCUUCGGGGACUUGGAUGUCCCAGUCCCUGGAUUUGGUGCUAUGGGAAUUAGCUUUGCACUCGGCAACGAUCUUAGCUAUGAGCAGGCUGAGCCUGUGCUCCUUGAAGCGCUCAAACAGGGAUGUACGUUUUGGGAUACUGCUGUUUCAUAUGGGCCAGGCAAAAAUGAGAAACUUAUCGGCGAAUUUGUCAAGAAACACAACUGUCGCGACAAGCUUUUUAUUGCAUCAAAGUGCGGUGUUGCUGCUUUUGAAGAUGGAUCAAUCACCAACUCAGCCGAGCAUAUCCAGGCGUACAUUGAAGGAACCAUCGAGCGACUUGGCUUUACUCCUGAUUUGUACUAUAUUCAUCGCAUGGACCCAAAUACACCCCUAGAGGAAUCUAUUCCUGCCAUGGACUUACUCCGUAAGCAAGGAAAGACUAAGUACAUUGGUCUUUCUGAGUGUUCCGCUGAGACAUUGCGCAAGGCAAACUCAAUUGCCAAGAUCGACGCUGUGCAAGCAGAGUACUCUGCGUUUGAGACUCUACACGAGACAGACGGUCUUGUUGACACAGCUCGCGAACUCGACAUCUCUUUCAUUGCCUACGCUCCUCUCGGACAUGGCUGGCUAGUAGAGAAUUUUCCUUACGAAACCCCUGACGACUUUGCCCCCGAUGACUAUAGACGUCAAAUACCCAAGUGGCAGGGAGACAAUUUCUAUGCCAAUAAGAGAAUUGCUGACAAGUUCAAGGAGUUGGCUAGAAAGAAGAACUGCACGCUGCCUCAAAUUGCUAUUGCAUGGAUUGCAGCCCAGGGAAUGAUUGCCAUCCCUGGUACGACCAAGCCUGAGCGGUUGAUUGAAAACUUUGCGGCGAGAGAGAUUGAGAUUGCAGAGGAGGAGAACAAGGAGAUGCGUAAGUUGGUGGAUGCUCUGAAGCCUCAGGGUGAUCGAUACAGUGAGAGUGCUAUGAAAAAUAUUGGCAAAUAA